AUGGCGUUACGAUCAGCAAAAUCAGCAAACUUAUUGAAAAAUCAGACGAAUAAUGUAGAACAAAAAUCAAAGAAGCUCUUUUCCUGGAGAUCUGACCAAAAACUGUCUAAACCUAGUGAUAGUGAUCCUAAUCAUAGUCUCAACACAGAGACAAAGUCUAAAUCUGUUCAAGAUAUUUCGAAAAAAGAACCAACUCAGGAUAAUACAGUUAGAUUAAGAAUAGCUAGGAGAAAUGAUCGAGAAACAGAACAAUUGAAGUUGACUGACAGUAAAGAAAAACCUAUUGAUCCUCUUAAUCACGAAAUUCCUGCAACUCUGACUAUUGAAAAAGAUGAAAACUCGAAAACAACUGAGAAAUUUAUAUCUCAACCUUCACUGGAGCAACAAGGGCAAAAUAUUGCACGUACCAUCUUGCCUCCAUCAGGUAAUGAACCUUUUUCUAAAAAGAAAAGAAAAAGGUUGAAAUAUCAACCAAUCAGCUCUGCUGAUAUUGAUUCUUCUGAUGCUGAUUCUGAGUCUGAGUGGUCAAAUCAAGAGUUGAUUAAAAAUCCUUCUGUAGAAUCGGCAUUUGGGAAUCAUAUUUCUAGUUACGAUUCCGAUUCUGAUACACGAUUGUUCGACGAAGCUUUGAAUGACUUUUCACUUGGCAAUCAAUCUAAUGAUGAGUCAGAUGAAUAUCAAACCUCUGAUGAAACACCAAAAAAUAGGGAAAAUUCGAAUCUUGACCACUUAAAGGAGGAAAAGAGGCACAGAGUAAAUCCUAUCUUUGGUAAUUAUGAGCCUGUUCGUCCUCCUGAUCACACUUCAUCAGACAAUCACGUUUCUGAUGAAUCUGAUAACAAUAUCCCAUCAGAUUACGAUUCCGACAUUUAUGAUGCUGUUUACAAUUACACAAAAUGCAUCAGCGAUGAUUCAGAAAACGACAACUCAUUCCAGAAGUUCUGUUCUUCUGAUCAGCAAUCUGAAGUUGGAUUUUAUUAG